AUGGAAAAUUCCAGAUUAUGGACCAGAGCAGUGGUUUGCGCGGUGUUGCUGUCCAUCGUUCUUAGUGCUGAAAUGGACUAUUCGGAUUCCGAAUUGGACCUCGACACAAGAAGUGUGAGAGACUUCUACCCUAAAGAUCCGAACUUGACCAACGAAAAGCAACUGGUAAGUUUCUAUCUAGGCUAAAAGUAAAACGUGCGACUUUAUUGAUUGAUUAGUAUUAGCUGUUUGUCUAUUGGAGAGGUCUGCUUUGGAAGGAUUUCUCAUUCUAAUGUGUCCAUAUUCCAUAUUUCCCACAGCUUGGAGCACUACAUGACGUUCUUAAAAAGCUGCAGACCAAGAGACUUCCAUUCUGGGAAAAGAAAUUCGGCCAAGUCCCUACGGUAAAUAUAACAAUUUGAACGAAGCUUCUAAAAGUGGAAAGACCUAUACUUCUAAAAAUGUAUUGUCUAAACUGGCGCGUAAAACUAAAUUUCAACAUUUUAACUUUCACUAAAUGCUUUCAUGUGCCAUGUUUUGUGGAUGAUGUGAUCUGAUGUGGUGACAGGUGGAUAUGGCCCCAUAGACCUUUGCAUCUGUUGGCAAAAAUGUCACACACGAUCUUAUUUUGUUUACCUUCUCUUUUCAGUGCGACGUUGGAGAGCAGUGA